GCCAUAUUCAACAGUUAUGGAACAUAUGGAUUUGUGGAAAGAGUGUGAAUUUCUAGAGAAAAGCUUUCUAUCAUAACAUAAGUACCUUCUAUCUAAAUUUGAAUCAAUAUGCUGCAUCUAUCUGUUGGAGUGGAAAUAUGGUCCUUAAUUUUUAAUGAAUUUAAUGAUCUCUGAAAUUAUCUGCUGAUGUUUUGAUAAAAACAUAAAAUGAAGAUUAUCCACUCAUUAUUUAUAUGAUCUAUGUUCAGCAUUAUUUAUUCAAGUUUGAAAAUUCCAAUGGUGUGUCAGGGAAAUGAAUGUCAUCCCUGCAGUUGUAGAGCAUCUGUGAUGCUUCUCCUUGUGGGGAUUACAGCACUCAUGCCUACUGCUUUAUCGGCUCCUACUCUGCCCCUUCAUGAUGAUGCUGGGAUCGAGUCUUACUUGUCAGGCUCGAGUGUAGUUGCCAGCUGGCAAGUGGUGGUCUUGGCGCUGGUGUGCAUUGUCUGCCCUGUGCUGGUGCUCACCAUGUGCCUUUGUUGCGGCAAAUCAGUUUUCAAGUCUACAAGGUUUACAGAAUCUACAUCCCAAAUACCUGAGGUGAGGAACAUCAGCUCCCAAGUCUCCCAGGACGUCCAGCUGCAUGGCCUGCCCCCCACCCACCAAGCUCCUCUACAAGACCAAGUUCAGUUCGAACCUCUGCCAGAUCUCAGCCAUGUUUGGAAGCCAUCUCACUUCCCCAGCCCAACUGCUGCUAGAUUUUCUCAAACAUUUGACGAAGAUUUCUCUGAAGAUUCCGCAUCAAUCGUACACUGGUUUGGUUCCCCACACCAGAACUUCCCCCGCCGCCAGCUCCAGUAUGUCCGACAGAUCGGCAUGGGGCGGUAUGGUUUUGUGCUGGAAGGUCGCGCUGUUGGUCUCUUCACUGACCACACCAGCACCCCAGACUCUUGUACCUCAUCCCCGAGAUCGCUGCCCAGUCCUUCAUCCCAGCACAUCCCUGUGGUGGUUAAGACUCUCAGAGAGGAGGCUGACCAGCAACUGCAGGCUGCGUUCCUCCAGGAAAUGGCACCAUACAGAGUUCUUGAUCACCGGAACGUUCUUCGGGUGCUAGCGGUGUGUCUGGAGAGUGCGCCGCUGCUGGUACUGUUACAGUUCUGUCAGAAGGGCAGCCUGAAGCGCUACCUGCAGCAGGAGGGUAGUGCCCUUACACAGCGACAACUGCUGACGAUAGUGACGGACGUGGCGGCAGGCUUGGCUCACAUGCACCAGCACAACUUCUGUCAUGCAGACCUCGCCGCUCGUAACUGUCUCGUUGACGCUGACAAUGUCGUCAAAGUUGGAGACUAUGGCUGCAGUUUGGAUAAAUACAAGGCUGAAUAUUACCUGGCUGGGGACAUCGCUCUUCCUCUGCGCUGGUGCCCCCCUGAGAGUCUUGUCUGCACCCCCACCACCAUUCACACCAGCCGGGUGAACACGUGGGGCAACGUGUGGAGUUACGGCGUGCUGUGCCACGAGGUCUACGUGCUGGCAGCGCACUUGCCCUACCCGCACCUGUCUGACGAGGAGGUCCUCCAGCAGGUCGUCGUGCAGCAGACACUCACGCCCGACCUGCCUGCCGACCUGCACACUCAAGUGCGUUGUUUGAUCCAGCAAUGCUGGGUGCCGGAGAGCAGCCGUAUCAGCAUGACAGCCUUACACAGCGGCCUGUGCCAGCUGUUGCUGCAGCUAUAUGGCUUCCAGCAUCCCUCUAGUGACCCCGACAGCCUGCCUUCAUCCCUCCAUCUCCCCUCCUGCCCUCGCUCACACGAAGAUGACCUGGAGGAGAAGUGGAACAAACUGGAGCGGCUGGAGCGAGGAGCUAAAGAUCACAGUGUCUCUGCUGUCGCGUCUCCUCGAGAGCAGCUAAGGUUUGAAAAUGACUUCGUAACGUCCGUGGACGAAGAUCUGGAGGCCAGAGUGGCGGCCACGUUUGGGACGAGCGCCCCGUCGUGGCUGGGACUAGACCCUGACCAGCCCAUGGACAGCCUCACCAGGGAGAUCAGCUCAGCCAUCCAGCGUCUGGACGACGCACUGGCCCUCCCCGCUCAGCUGGAUGCUGAGCUCGUGAAUUCAGCGCCGCCCGACGCCGAGUGUGACGACCAACUUGUUCCUGCCUUCGUCAUCGGCAAAGACUCGCUGGUGACUCGAGCUCCCAGGAGCCUUGCUAGCCUCAGUGCCAGCACCUCCAACCUCACCAGCAUCGGGGCCGAGGCCGCGACGCCUGCUGAGGCGGGGCCUCUUGAGUCCAUCAAUAAGUUUGUGCACCUGAGUUCCAGCGCAGGGUUCAUGUCGCAGAUGGGUCUUGAGGACGAUGGUCUUAGCUUGCGGCUUGAAAAAGGCGAGUUCGCUGAGCUUGUUAAGCAGAAGAGCAUGAGUGUGCAGAACCUCAUGAGACUAACGGUCGUCAACUUUGAUGAUGACUCGGGAGAAAGCGACUCCUCGUGCAAGUUUAGUCUUGGCCACAAAAAUAUGUAUCAGACAACUUCCGAAAUUGAAAUGCCUGGCAGUACUGAUGAGAAACAGCCGCUGGCAUUAAUAGGCAGCAAUAGCAGCCUCUUGUCCUCGGCAUUAAGUAAUGAAAAUUCCACUCCAACUUGCUCGUCGUCUGUUCGGGAUCAUUUUUUAGUGGCAGCUAACUCCUCUGAGCUGCUGCUUCAGGAGGAGUUGUCAGAACGCGCUUCUUCGUCACUGACGGGCGACGGCAGUGAAUCUAAUUUGCUACAAGAAACUGGGCGCAAAAAAUCCACUUUAGAUGCUCACGCCCUCUACGAAAAAGACAUUGUGACCGGCUCAGUCGACUCGCUGGCUGGUGGCUUCAACAUAGGCUUGGAUGAUGCGAGUAGCCAGGACGAAAAAGACCGGCAAGUUAUGGAAACUAAUUUAGUGCAGUCAGAUCUGGAAAUUCCGCGCUACCAAAGCGACGGAGUAAGUCAUGUAAAGAAUAGUUCCAGUGACAGUCCAUGGACAUCCGAAAAUUCAGUUUUUUCUUCCAACUCAAAGAAUAUAAUCACUACUGAAGCUCACAUUUUCGCAACACCCGACGUAACGCUAGACGCUUGUCACAGCCUCGGGUGCGGCAGUGAAGUACAACAACAGGAUCGUGCUGCCUACGACGGCUGUCUGGCCCCUCUACCUGAUAUCGUUGUACAUGAUCAAGUCACUCACAACACAAGAGUGAACAAUGAGGCUAAAGUCAAUAAUAAAGAUUCCUGUUCGGUUUCCGUCGAAACCGAAACGGAUUCUCUUCGGCUUUCGAAUGACAGGCUAGGAAAUUCUACAGACUACGAAGAUCUGAAUUGCAAUGAAUUGUCUCAUUCUCUAAGGAAAAUUAGUACUGUGUUCGACAAUACUGGUAAUGGAGAGAGCACUCCCGGAAAUUCACCAGAAUCUGAUCUUGAAAUGAUCAAAUUUGACUUUAAUGCGUCACUUGAGUCGACCAGUGAGAUGAACAGUUCCCUAAAGUUUGACUCUGAGCUGAACUCAACGUUCACUAUAUUGUUGAGUAAAGAUAAUCAGAGCAGAGACAGUGAAACAUCAGGUAUUGGGACAGGCGCAGCCACAGCGUUUGAUGAAGACAGCCCGAACUGCAGCAGCAUUUUCGCCUCUGAGAGGUUCUCGUCGGACAGCGUCUUUCUGGACGGCACUUUUGACAUUGUGCGCGAGGACUCGACUCGAGACCAAGCUAGCAGCCUCGAGCUGCAGCUGGCAACCGCGCCUGAAUACGCCUGCGCAGUGCUUGCUUGUGACGGGGCUAUUUCAACUCCAAUAAGGACGGAAUGUGAAGACGUCUCUGUCACAGGAACUGAAAAUAAGGACGUCACUGUCCCCGUAACUGAAAAUAAAGACGUCACUGUCCAUUUAACUGAAAAUAAGGACGUGACUGUACCUAUAACAGAUAGUGGAAACGUCAGUGCCUCACUAUCUGAUAGUAAAAACGUGAUUGUUCCCAUUGCUGACAGUGAAGACGUUAUUGUUGCCAUGAGUGAUUGUGAAGACUUCAACGUCAAGAAGGCCAAAGGAAAAAAUGUCCCUGUUACUACGGCUGGAGAUGAAGACUUCCAUGUCCCAACGGCUGGAGAUAAGGAUGUCUCUGUCUCGACGGCUGGAGAUGAAGACUUCCAUGUUCCAACGGCUGGAGAUGAAGACUUCCAUGUCCCGACGGCUGGAGAUAAGGAUGUAUCUGUCCCAACGGCUGGAGAUGAAGACUUCCAUGUUCCAACGGCUGGAGAUGAGGAUGUAUCUGUCCCAACGGCUGGAGAUAAGGAUGUCUCUGUCCCAACGGCUGGAGAUGAAGACUUCCAUGUUCCAACGGCUGCAGAUAAGGAUGUCUCUGUCCCAACGGCUGGAGAUGAAGACUUCCAUGUUCCAACGGCUGGAGAUAAGGAUGUCUCUGUCCCAACGGCUGGAGAUGAAGACUUCCAUGUUCCAACGGCUGGAGAUAAGGAUGUCUCUGUCCUAACGGCUGGAGAUGAAGACUUCCAUGUUCCAACGGCUUUAGAUAAAGAUAUCUCUGUCCCAACGGUUAAAGGAAAAGACGUCCCUGUAACGGUGGCUGAAGGAAAAGACGUCCCUGUAACGAUGGCUGAAGGAAAAGACGUCCCUGUCCCAACGGUUAAAGGAAAAGACGUCCCUGUCCCAACGGUUAAAGGAAAAGACGCGUCUGUCCCAACGGUUAGAGGAAAAGACGUCCUUGUAACGAAGUCUGAACGAAAAGACGCCCCAGUCCUCAUAGCUGAAGAUGAAAAUGUUCUAGUCCUGACCGCUGAAGAUAAUGACGUCCCAGUCCCGAUGACUGUAACUGCGGAUAAGUUUGUUCCGAUAACUCCAAGUACCGACUUGCUGGUCCCAAAAACUGGAGGCUCUGAAUCGAGCCUUUUUGAUGUUCAUCGGGAAUCUUUUUCUACCUUAGAAAAUUCUGACUUUGCCGUGAAUUUUUCCUCUGACGUCGUCCAUGAGAUACAUGCUCGUGAUGGCUCUGUUACCGAGGGAUGCUCCUUCUCGAUGGCUAAGUUAUUCCCCUUGAAUGUUUUAGAUUGGAGCGUUGAUAGCCUGCCUCCCAACAGCAUCCUCGACCGCCAUGCCGGUGGACGUCGCUCUGUGAACAGCGCUGUCUUAAGUCCAUCGAAGACAGAAUGUCCCGCCGUGACCGAGGAAAAUAUCAUAACUGGAGUGACAGAGACGGGAGUUGUUACAGAGAUAGGUGAUGAUGGUGCAGUUCUUUCUCCAAUUAUUCCUAUAGAUUCACAAGGAAGCUCUAAUGAUUCUAGACUGAAUGACGAAACUAUCGCAGUUGUGAAAAAAUCAGAAAUAGAUAAUUGCAACGAUGUGUCGGAUCAUGAUGACUUGACAAAAUUUAUGGAUGUUGGAUCUAAGACGUUUGAAAAUGAUAAGGAUGACGCUAGAGAAAUUGUAUCUUCAUCGGAUGGAGAUGCUGGUUCUGAAAAUAUCUUGUCAACAUUCAGUGUUCCAAGCGAUGUAUGUAACGCUGAGGCAUUUUCUACUCCGGAAAAUAAGCCUGGAUUUACCAUGGACGCAAUAAAUGAUCUGUUCAGUGUGGAUUCCAAGGAAGUUCAUAUUAUUCAUCACGACUUAUCCGGUGCCGAUAUGAAGAAUGAACUCGAAAACGGCGUCUCACCUUCUGUUAACAAUUUAUUGCCUCUCAAGUUGAUGUCAAGUCGUGGUUUUGACAAAGACAUUGUCAAUGCUCAUUCCAGCUCUGGAAAUGAAGAUAAGACCGCUCCUCUCGAUGAGGAAUGCAACCUAGACUCAUUGAAAUAUGAUGCCGCAGCUGAAGACAAUAAAUCGAUUUCUCCAGAGUCAGAUAGCAAUGCAACUUCGAUGACGGAUCAAAGAUGCGGGCUUCUGAGUGCAGACAAAACCGAAAGUGAUGCCAUGACCGCCUCAUCCACGAGCAUCAACUCCGACAUCGCUAUCAUUGACACCCCUGAGGCUGAUGCCAACGAAGGCGAUUUCUGGCAGCAGCAAAUGUCAGCCUGGAAAAAUGCUGCCCAGGAAACUCGAAUGCUGCUCUUGCAAGCGGCGACUUCUUCCCCGAUUACGAAGCAUGAUGAUGUCCUGAGAUCCGGUCACCAGGCCGGUGACGAUUUCCCCACACCCAGCAAGUUGACAGAUGCUGACAUUGACACGCUCUCGAUGACAAGCUCCUCAGCGUAUUCUAUUAACGACCGGGAUAACGACUGCAGCUUUGAGAGUUCGCCCUGUAGAAAGAAAUACCCUGUUACUCCUGCCCACGCUCAUCUUGGAUUGAGGUCUGCCGACAGCAGCUCCGACACAUCACCAGUCUGUAGCACCGCGAGGUCCCGCAUGUUGUCUGCAGAUCCUGGGCUUGCAAAGAACGAGCGAAGUUCUUUCCCGUCACCUUUUAAGAGGCCGUCCAUUCCUGCUUCCCCCUCGUCCAGUUGCGGCAGCGAGUCUCCUUCAGGGGUUCACAGCAGCUACGUGUCAUACGCUGACGAGGCUUUCCAUGACUCUGAAGGCGCAGAUUUACUUGGCUAUUGUUCUGAGGAUCUCAAUGCUUUGAGGGCUGAGCUCUCACUUAAGCUUCCGCCUUCUCCCCGGGAAAAAGACGCUUCAGAAGCUUUCAUCGGUGGUGCCCAAAGUGAGGCCAAGGAUUUCGACGAAGAGGGCUCCCCUGGCUACGACUACUCCAGUUGUGGGGAGGAUGUAGAAGUAAUCGACCACACCCGAGAUCAUGUGAUUAUCAAUUACCGUCCUCCAACAACUCUGUCCCCCAUCAAAGAAGAACCCAGUGGGUCCGUCGGAUGGGACUCUAUGAACAUCGAUGAUAAUUCAGUGUCCACGUACAACAGUAGCAUUGAACUCGUUGAGAACGGCGUCGAUAAUCCUUCGACUUCUGCUUCUGGUCUUGUUAAAAUUGAGGACUCAGCCGUGAUUUCCUCAGUUCAGUUUAACAAUAAAAUAUUUAAUUCCGAUGACUUGAAAGAACCUGAUGAUGAUCAAAGUUUCCAGUUGAAAAUAGCCUCGGAAAAGCUUGUUGACAGAAAUAAGGUUUCGGAAGAGCGAAGCGUUUCUCAACCUCCAAUUUCUUCAUCGAGUGUAAUAAUGACGGCGAACAACGAAAUUAUUCCCAUGGACCGGACGAGUUUGAUUCUUGAAGACCUGGAAACUGAAGAAGAUGAACGUUUGGUCUUGGUUUUCACUCCUCGUGACGAUCCGGAGAAGCCCCAGACCCUGGACUCGGAAGACCUGCUGGUGGUAGAUCUUGACUCGAACCAAGCAAGCCUCGUCGAGACCCCUAAGCCCAGGUCGUUGUUGGCAUUCGUCCAUUCACCGCCGAUGUCGCCCCAUGUUCGCGAUGUUCCCCCAACAUCAUCUCUUGGUGAAAAAUCUUUUGUCACCGAAACGGAGGCUUUGGAGCGGUUGCACCAGGAUUAUCAAGAUGAUGUAGAUCAGGAUUCAUUGCCGUAUGAAGUAAACUCUUCUAGCGACAAGCUUUUGUAUUUAAAGUUUCGGGAGAAUUCAUCGGAUAACAACCUUGAUGCCGGAAGGUUGCGAUUGGCCAAAGAAAUUCCGAGCUCAGGACCGAGAAGCAUGGAUUGCGUGCAUCUAAGUGACCCGCUUUGCGACAUGAAUCUGGACUUUGCUUGGCAGCAACGCAGUUUAGACAAUUUAAAGCUUGGUGAGUAUCAUCCAGCGCCUGAGAACGACAACUCAAAUGACCCUAGUAGAGAUGGCGAGCUUCUCGAGCAUAAUGGAUGUUUGACGACCAACUCUCCUAACACAGCCAGUGAAGGCACGAGUCAUUCUUCUGGCCUCAUGUUCCGCCUGGGGGUUGAGGACAAGGAUGCACCAGAAGAAGGAGUGUCGCGAUAUCAGCCUUAUUUCAGCACCUCCCUCAAUUCUUUGUCACAGCUCGACAGCUGCGUCCUCUACGGGGAGGAUCAUGUCUCCCUUCCUUACACCGUCAACUUGCAGUCGCCCGAUGGUCCGAGUAGAGGAACUGAACCACAAUCAACCAACGCGUCCAACUUCAAGUCACUUGAUUCUGCGGUGAGCUCCAAAAAUGAUAGGCGCCGGCCAAUCGCCGAAGACACGUUCAUCAGAUCAGAAGAGAUCGACUUGAAAGACAAGAUGGUUCGGGAGUUGGGGAAGCAAAUUGAGUGCGUGAAGUCUUAUAGAAAAGAGAAACGCGCACAGAGUGGAGACGAAGAAAGUUCUGAUGAGGAACUCACUUCUUUCAGUUUGGGUUUGCUGACGCAGGCUUGCAAUGGCUGCAACAACGGGGAUUCUGCUGAGGGCUCAUUGCGUCUUUCAGAUGACGAAGAACGAGGUUCUCCUCACGAUUGUAACGGCGUCGACAAUGUCGUGCAAUCUAAUGACCACGGCAGUAUCGUGCACUACGACUCUGACGACUACAGCGCUGAGACGGACUACACGGGGUCUAACGAGCGCCGCGUGUACGACGCUCUGCGGGGCGAUGAUGACGUGGCCAAGUCCAACGACCUCAUCCCCAGGCCCAUGAACCCGGAGCCUGCUGAGCUCAGCGACAUCCCAUGCACUCCUUCGCCCUCCAUGAGUAUCGAUUGUUCUGCCGGGGUUCCGACUGCAGAUGAAGAAUUGAACUUGAGUACUGCUUCAAGUGAGGUUCGCACGCCCGUUAGGUCAAUUUUAAUUGCAGGGCCUGGAGCUAAAUUUGACACCCAUGCAGGUUCGGACUCAGACAUGUCGGGCACAGGUAACGAAUCUAAACACUACCGGGCUUUCCACUCGAGCUCCUUGGUGAACACGGAAGACACUGAGUCUGCAGAAGAUUUAAUUGAAGAUCUUAGCAUCGGAGAAACAAAGUCUCUCUUUCCGAGUCCUGUAGUAACUCCUGGGAUGCUUGCAAGCGUUCGGUAUAGAAUCGAUUCGGGUAUUCCCGUUGAAUCUCCUUUAUGUGCGACUCGAUCUGACCACCAUGACGCGGGAAAUGAAAAUUAUCAUGCGAGUUCUCAACAAAAUGACAAUAAUGACAACAUUAAUGACUCUGUCGAUAUUACUACUGCCAUAAAGGAUGAGAACAACACUUCAUUGCAUCCUGGAUAUAGAAAUGAAUAUUUUCCUCCUGGUAAUAACGACAACAGCAGCCGUUUUCCUACAAUUAAUGAUAACAAUAUCAGUGUUGUCGGCGUCAGCAACAAUGACAACCUCAUUGCUGACAAUGUGGGAGCUCGGGAUGAUGUUUACUCCCCCGACUGGGAAGAAGAUGAUGGGGGUGAAGGCAGCCCCAGCAAGAUGGGUGUUCCUGACGUGAGCAUUGACAGCGGGGAUGACGAAGAGGCGCCCUCUGAGUCCGACGCUUCAGAGGACGACUCCAGCAGCAGCGGCGAGUUUGUGUGGCAGUCUGGGGACGCCCCCCUCGCUCGCCCCGCCCUCCCCACGAGCAUCCCUGAGGAGGCUGGGGAGGACCAGGAGGCUGGGGAGGACCAGGAGGCCUCGUGUGAUGAGGACAGCGAGAGUGGGGAGGAGGAGUUCACCCCAUCCUUCUGGGACGCCUCCCGCACCCCCACGCGCUCCCUACUCAAGUCCCAGGCGCAGUCCCACGACAGGUCGGUGCACUGGAAGCGGCAGCGCCAUCACCGCGUCUACGAAUACCCUCCUGAACCUCCACUCCCCACCUUCCCUCCCCCUCCCUCUCACAGACCUCUCUGGGACCCCCCCAUGACCCCCUUCUCCCCCUCACAUCACCAGUGGGGGAUGGAGUAUGCGCAGGGGGAUGCAUAUCCCCCUCCCCCUAUCCGGUCAUACAUGCAGGGGGGUUUUUUGCAGCAAGAUGGUUUCUUGCUCGAUGACGGUGAAUUUUACAACCCUGAUAUACACUACAACUUCAGCCAGUCUUCCUUCACCCCCGCCGAGUUCUACCCCAACGACAACCCUAACCCCAACCUUACAAAUUUCCAUGCCAACGAAGCUUCAAACAUCACCAGCCUCCAGUCCCAGUAUAUGGCGACAUCUGGCAACAAUAUGGCGGCAUCUGGCAACGAUAUGGCGACAUCUGGCAAUGAUAUGGACCCGCAGUUGCCACCUACCCACGAACAGCUUCAAAACAUGCUAUAUUGUCAUCAAUUCCCACCAACCACUUCUAGUGUUGAGUCAUCUUCCUUAGUUCAUCCUCGGAACAACCUCGGGAAACCUCCACCAGCUGCCAGCAACGUGCAUGAGGCAAAGAUGGAAAGUUGCACCGUGAUGGAUGUUAGUGGAUUAGAUAACCAAUCAACCGUGGAUGAAACCAAAAGUGCAGCCAGUGUUGGGGAGUUAAGGCACCUCAAAGAGCAGCUUAAACUGGAUAUUCCUACACUAGGAAGCAACGAGAACAGUGGCCCUGUGUUCCUAGACUCCGAAAGACAUUCCCUUGCUGAAACCGAACCCGUAAUUGAUCAAGAUUCAGAAAAGCGCUCGAUUUUGCAGUCAGAAAACGGAGGUGGCUCGAAAUUAGGUCAGGACUCUCGGGAUGUCGGUAUUUCUGAGCGUGACGUUGGUAUUCUUGAGCGUGACGUCGAUAUAUCUGAGCGUGACGUCGAUAUUUCUGAGUGUGACGUCAGUCAUAACUUAAGACCACUCGGCCCAGAACUCAAGUCUCGUAACGAUCGCUCUGCAAGUCCAAAACUUCCGGAACAAUCAAAUUGUUCAUUAUCUGAGUUUGGGGACAUAGAUCGUGUGCAAAAUGAAGAAAAUGAUGACGCAGCAAAUAAUGAAAAUGAUGACAGGAUUUCUGAGGAUGGUGACAUUGUUGAAGGUGAUCCUUGUAGCUGCAAGCCUUCGACAAGUUCAGCUGUAGUUGCAGCAACUUAGUGGUACUCUAAAUACUAUUUCUCUUUAGGAAGUUUCACAAAAUAUUCUUUUAGUUUUUGAAGUAGCUUCAUCUUAUUCAUGUAGAUUCAUGCACCGAUUCAUAUAGUUUUAUAUUAUGGUCAUUUUAGCAUGUAGACGUUUAUUAUAUGUGUUUUAGUGCGCACUUAGUUUACAAUAACAGUGAAACUUCAGCGUGAAACUUUUGUGUGGAAAUAAUAUAUUUACUGAGGGAGGGCGUGAAAACGAACGUAGUGAUUUGUCUGUAACGUGUGUACUUAUUUACUGACAUUCCACUCAAUCAAUCGUGUACACAUUAGUACAACUCCUUGCCAGUUGCUAUGAGUUUGUGCUGAAAUUAUUUUCUUGUUAGUGUUCCUUCAAUAAUAUUAGUAUUCUUUCUUGCUGUCUUGUUGAAUGUUGCUAAAUUAUUGUGUGGU